CCCUUAUCUGCGAAGUAUAUCCACUUGAUCUGACACCAGCUCAGUGCACACUCGCCGUGUUCUUCUGCAUCCAUCUGCAUUCUCGCUUACCCAGUUCCAUGGCCGGACACUUGAGUCCCUGUUCUUCAUCAUCUUCUUCUUCUUCUUGUUCUUCUUCUUCCUCAAUGUCCUUCUCACACCCUUCUUCAUUCGAGCUCCACAGAAGUCUGGAUAAGCUUCUUGUCUUGCCGAGGAAAACGCAGGGGCCUUCAUGGGUUCCGCGGAUUCGGUCAAGAAAUAGCUCGAGGAAGAGUUUCCAGCUCAAAUCCUCCAAUGGGCAUUCGCUGAGCUCUGUUUCUUUGCACGACGGAAGCUCUCUUGCGAAAGAACACUUCAAACCUAAUGCGCAGGAUAGUUUGUCUCCUGUUAAUUCAGAAUCAGCGAAGUUUGAUUUAACUUAUAGCAUUACCGUCGUUGGAGCUUCUGGGGACCUUGCGAAAAAGAAGAUUUUUCCGGCCAUCUUCGCGCUCUUCUAUGAGGAUUGUCUACCGAAGAAUUUCACGGUGUUUGGUUACGCCCGGACUAAAAUGACUGACGAGGAGUUGAGGACGAUGAUUAGCAAAACACUGACUUGUAGAAUCGAUAAGAGGGAAAAUUGUGAAGAUAAAAUGAAUCAGUUCCUGAAGAGAUGCUUUUACCAUUCCGGUCAGUAUAAUUCGGAGGAGAACUUCAGAGAAUUGGACAUUAAGCUAAAAGAGAAGGAGGCUGGAAAAUUGGCCAAUAGGUUAUUCUACCUAUCAAUACCUCCAAAUAUAUUCGUGGAUGUGGUGAGAUGUGCUAGCAUUAGGGCUUCUUCGACAAGUGGAUGGACCAGGGUCAUUGUUGAAAAGCCAUUUGGCCGUGACUCAGAAUCGUCUGGUGAGCUGACUAGAUGUUUGAAGCAAUACCUGAACGAAGAUCAAAUAUUUAGGAUUGAUCAUUACCUGGGGAAGGAACUUGUCGAGAACCUGUCAGUUCUCCGAUUUUCCAAUCUGGUUUUUGAGCCAUUAUGGUGUCGGAACUACAUUCGCAAUGUGCAGCUGAUAUUUUCCGAAGAUUUUGGUACAGAAGGACGUGGAGGUUAUUUCGACCAUUAUGGUAUAAUACGAGAUAUAAUGCAAAAUCAUCUGCUGCAAAUAUUGGCCCUCUUUGCAAUGGAGACACCUGUCAGCUUAGAUGCUGAAGACAUUAGGAAUGAGAAGGUGAAAGUGUUAAGGUCAAUGAGACCACUACAACUGGAAGAUGUAAUUGUGGGCCAAUACAAGGGCCACAGUAAGGGUGCGAAAUCUCUUCCUGGGUAUACAGAUGAUCCAACUGUGUCGAAGGAUAGUCUCACACCGACAUUUGCCGCUGCAGCUCUUUUCAUAAACAAUGCCAGAUGGGAUGGAGUUCCUUUCCUUAUGAAAGCGGGCAAGGCUCUCCACACCAAGAGGGCAGAGAUUAGAGUUCAAUUCAGACAUGUCCCGGGGAACCUGUACAAAAGAAACUUUGGAACUGAUUUAGAUAAGGCAACAAAUGAGCUGGUGCUUCGUGUACAACCUGAUGAAGCUAUAUAUCUGAAGAUCAACAAUAAAGUUCCUGGUCUUGGAAUGAGAUUGGAUCGCAGCGACCUCAAUCUGCUUUUUAAAGCAAGGUAUCCUAGGGAAAUACCCGACGCAUAUGAGAGGUUACUUUUGGAUGCAAUAGAAGGAGAGCGUAGGUUAUUCAUAAGAAGCGAUGAGCUCGAUGCUGCUUGGGCAUUAUUCACUCCAUUACUUAAGGAGCUUGAGGAAAAGAAGAUAGUCCCCGAGCUCUACCCUUACGGUAGCAGAGGACCAGUCGGUGCGCAUUAUCUUGCUGCAAAGCAUAAUGUUCGGUGGGGGGAUGUCGGCAGUGAGGACUCAUGAGAUGAUGAGAAGCAGUCGUCAAAAAUUUAAAGGUGGAACUUCUGGUUCUUUUUCCCUCUUUAUGCUCAAUUACGCAGUGUCUUCUGCAUGUCCUACUCCGAAACACGCACGGAAAGAAGCCAUUUUUCUGCGA